AGUGUUUAAUUGUAAACAGUACAAUGUUGUUUCGAGUUUUCCAUCGCAAGCUGCACCGUUCAUUACGCCUUCUUGGCACGGACGCUAAAAUACCACCAGUAUCAAGUGGGAGCGAAAAAGUGAAGGAACUGCUAGACAAUGCCGCCACAUUCGAAGACAUCCAAUCUCCAAGCGAUGCCAACGAUUGGGCAACUCUCCCGUACGUUGCCGGCACAUAUAUCACGCGCGACCAGUCGAAAAAAGCUGUACGGCCAAAGAUCGAUCCUAGGGAAACGAAUGUUAUCCUGUUCCCCGGACAAGGUGCCCAGUACGUGGGAAUGGGCUCGAAACUACUGAAGUUCCCAGGGGCACGCGAUAUUUUUGCCCUCGCUAACGAAGUGCUGGGGUACGAUCUGCUGAAGAUCUGCAUCGAAGGCCCCAAGAGUAAGCUCGACCAGACAAAGUACUGCCAACCGGCCGUAAUGGUCACAUCCCUGGCCGCGUUGGAGCAGCUGCGCGAAGAAAGACCAAAUGCGAUCGAAAACUGCUUCGCAACGGCCGGCUUCAGUUUAGGGGAGCUGACGGCACUCGUUUUCGCCGGUGCCAUUCCCUUCGACAAGGGUCUUCGAUUGGUGCAGAUUCGCGCGGAAGCGAUGCAGCUGGCGAGCCAGCAAACGAAAAGUGGAAUGGCCACGGUCCUCUUCGGGGCGGACGGACGUAUCGGGGAUGCGUGCAAGGAGGCGAAAAAUUGGUGCAUCGAAAAAGGAAUCGAAAAUCCAGACUGCCGGGUUGCGAACUAUCUCUACCCAGGCUGUAAGGUGUUGGCGGGGAAUGAGGAAGCGCUACGGUUUCUGGAAGCGAAUGCGAAACGUUUCAACAUUCGGCGCCUCAAGCGGUUGCCCGUCAGUGGGGCUUUUCAUACCGAACUCAUGCAAUCGGCUGUGGAACCUUUUGCUACCGCCCUGCGCAAGAUUAAGGUGGAGGAUCCCAUCAUCAGCGUGCACUCGAAUGUCGAUGGUAAGACGUACAAAAAUGCUGGUCACAUCGUAGGCCAGCUGCCGAAACAGAUUGUUCGGCCGGUCAAGUGGGAGCAGUUGCUGCACAUUAUGUACGAAAGGAAACAGGGGGAGUAUUUUCCUCGGACAUUCGAAUGUGGUCCCGGUAAGGGUCUAAAAGCUAUCUUAAAACAGGUUAAUGCAAAGGCGUGGGACUCUGCGUUGAAUGUGGAAGCGUAGAAGUGUUGUUCUUAAAACGGGGCAAUGAAAGUAGAAUAAGAUGUUAGGCGAAUAAAUUCUUUAACCAAC